AUGACAUUGUGUGCAGGUAAAUGUACAUAUGAAACGGGAGGAAGAUGUGUUGUCAGCCUUUCGGAGCCACUAAUGAAGUAUAGAUCUCUCAAAGAACUAAGAGAAACAAUUUUGCACGAACUUAUCCAUGCAUAUUUGUUCGUGACAUCAAACAAUAGAGAUAGAAACUCUCAUGGAAAAGAGUUUCGCUUUCAUAUGAACAGAAUUAAUAGGCUGUCCGGUCUAAACAUUACAAUAUAUCACAAUUUCCACGAUGAACUAAACUACUAUAGAAAACACGUUUGGCGUUGUAAUGGUAUUUGUAGAAACCGUCCACCUUACUAUGGUUAUAUCCGACGUUCUAUAAAUAGAAAGCCCAGUCCAGCCGAUUCUUGGUGGAGUCUCCACGAAAGAACAUGUGGAGGUUGCUUCGUCAAGGAGAACGAUAUUUCACCAGAAAUUAAUAAUUUAGCAUUACCAGAUGCAAGUUUAAACUGGCGGGUUCCCAGUCCAAAUUUGGAUCAAAAUGAUGUAAUGGAGAUUAUAGAAAUUAGUGACUAG